AUGGCUGUUUCGGGGCUGUCCUUUGCUCAUAUUGUCCAGGAUCCCGAAGAUGAUCCAGAUCCUGAAACAGAUCCCGAAUCAGAUCCCGAAACGGAGCCAGAAACGGAUCCAGAAUCGGAAUCAGAAACGGAAACUGAAACGGAUCCUGAGAACGAGCCGGAAUCUGUGCCCGAAUCCGAAUCGAAAACCACAACUGUUACACCCCCAACUUCGACCACCCCCAAGGAUUGUAAUAUUUACUACAGGGAUUAUGAAUGGGCUCUCCAGGAUUGCGUCUGCCGUUGUUUCCAAAAUGGGUGUCUUAUGAAAAUAGAAAACGAUCAGCGAAUAAGUGAUGGCAAAACUCCACUUGUACCCGUUUCGGAGGAUCUUUGUCGAAGCUUUAUCAACAAAAAGUGUAGCGUGGGAUUCCCCGUGGUCGCUGAAUUCCCCAUUCCAGCUCCUUGCGGCUGCAAUCGAUUACCAGGAUCAAUCGCCACCGAGCGUUUCUACAGCCUGUGCCACCUGCUAAAAUACUCAUCUGAGAACAAAAAACCAUUCCUUACAUACUCUUAUUGUUGGCCCAUCUAA